AUGGCGGAAAAGGACCAAGCACGCAUACGAGAACUGCCCAGCAUGGAUGAGUUGAAUGCUAAGGAUGCGGCGUUGGACGAUUUGCUCUCUAAGCUUGGCGGCUCUAUCUCGGGGCGGGACCUGGCGCCGGAUGAGUCCCCCCAAGCGUCGACAAGCGGACGCACUCCCAAUCAAAUGCCGCCCUCGCGGCCACCUCAGGCCCUACGGGCGGCGGCAGCGGCUUCCUGGAAGAAGUCGGUGCAGUCCGCGGACGACCAGCCCGGACGCCUCCAGUCAUACAUCAUCCGCGAAAUCUUAAAAGCACGAACUGCCGCAGCCGCGGAGCGGAAAGAGCUGGACCUUGAGCCAUACAUCCGCAUCGCGCAGCCCUUGGGACCGCAAUCUACAGCCCAGCCUGUUCAUUUCAUCCUGUCCUGCGGUAAUUGCACGCGCCGUAUACUACAAAUCCAAUGCGCGGUACCUAACAUGAAGACGUCUCCACCGCGUAACGGCGAUAACUAGCCGGCAUCCCAGAACACAACAUGCAAAUAAGUUUUUUCUUAUGAAUCAAUAGAUUUUUUGACAUGCUGAGGACAGGUUGCCAUUACCAAAAGGUCUGAAACACCGUCCUAAGCGACUGCGUCCUAGAGGCCCCCGAGCCCGGCAUUAUACCGGGCUUUCUAGUAGCUAAGAUAGAUAACGAAGUAUAGCACGCAACCUCACUUUUUUUACUGGCUGAAUACCUCUUUACCAUCUUUUCUGAAUAAUUCAACAGGCUCCCGCACAUAUCAUGCGGCGGAGCCAUGCCGCGGCGCGCCAUGCAACAAUGGCGGUUUCCUUGACCGCCUAAGCAAUUAUAAUCCUAAAGCGCACCAACACUGUACCGCACAGUGCCAUAUCGCCCGCUCUGUGUCCCGCUGAACACGCCUAAACCUAGGGCAGCUCUGCAACUGGACGCAACUCCUGAGAUACAUAACCACGUUUGGGGCCCCACGCCAAAAAUCUAUACCUAGCCUUCUGACCUGGGCACAGCACUCCGUCCUCUUCCUCGUCUUCCCCCCUCUUCACCUCCUCCUCAUUCUCCUGCGCCAUCUCCUAGACCUGCAUAUUGUAAUGCGCAACCUGGUAUGGGCACACACCUACACGCACGUCGGCCGCCAUGCCAGCAACUGACAAGCGCCAAACUACAAGGCAAUAGCCCUAUCCUCGCAGUGUCGAUCUGCCACGAACUCAUUAAGAGUCUCAUCAUUGGAUUAGUGAUCUCCGUCAACCAUGGGGCACAAUCAUCCCCAUUGUAAAGCACACCAAUCGCAUGUCGCCGUCCGGCCUGCGGAUUACUAUUAUUUCUCCUCCUGUGUCUAAAAUCAUCCAGUGUGUUUGCACGCGUUCGCGCGAAAAGUGUGUGAUG